UUUUGCAAAGCAAUAAGUCAAACUCAACCUGGAAUGUGUCAGUCCCAGCGCUGGCUCCUUUCAAGACAGUCAGUGUAUAUUGCUGCGAGAUCCAGACACUAGGAGACUGAUUGGUAUUUUGGUCAGCUACAAUGGGGCUCAGUUUGCCGGCGCCCUACAUUCUGCAAAUGUGGACUGGCACCGUCUUCAGUGUCCUCGUCCUGUGCAUACAUGUAAACCCACAGCAAUUGAACACAAGCUGUAGCCACCACUAUGACAAAAGGAAUCAUUGCUGCAAUGAAUGUCAAGCAGGCUUCUUUGUCGCCAGUCCAUGUACAGAAGAGAGAUCUGUGAACUGUCAACCAUGCGGGGAAGGUGAAUACCUGGACCACAGUAAUUCUCAAACAGAAUGUUUAAAACAGAUCGAGUGUGAUAAAAUGAAAGGAUUUGAAAUUCUGCAUAAAGGAGAUUCAGUGACUGCUACGCAGUGUAUAUGUAAAGCCAGUUUCCACUGCUCCCAGGAUUGUGAAUACUGCCUCAGAGAUAGUCAGUGCUUCCCCGGCUUUGAAGUGGAGAAGAAAGCAAACCGGAUGUCUGAUACUAAAUGCAGGCCAUGUCCUCCGAUGUACUUUUCAAAUGAGACCUCACUUACCCUGCGGUGUAAAUUGAGGACCAAUUGCACAGCCCUUGGGAUGGAGGAAAAGGCUCCUGGUAAUGCAACUUCUGAUGCCUUAUGCAUUAGUGUUUCAACACGAUCCAGUACAGAUUACUCAAUAUUGGCCAUCAUUAUGGGCUUUGCAUUUGGAUGUGGAAUAACCAUAUUGUCUAUCUACAUCUUAAGAUCCCACAGAAAGACUCUGACAACUCUCUCAGAUUGUGCUCAACAGAGAUUGGCUGAUGCCUGGUGCAACACUAGAGGGAAACAAGGAAAUGAGAGACACCCACCUGCUGAUCAAGCAAUUGGUAGGUUGCCAAAUGAUAAUCACCAUUGGAAUCCAGAAAGUGAGCUGUUUAUGUCACCCAAGACUCCAAUGAAGGCAACUGAACAUGUUAGUGGCACCAUAUUAUCUGCAUUUUCAGAGCAUCCGGUUUCUAACACUGUUUUGAAUUCUUGCAGUGGAGUUGAGUCCAUUUGUAAUGCCACACAUUCUUCAAGAAUCCCAAGGGAGAAUCCCAAUGGCAAGUGCUACAUUGGAAAUCAAGGGGAAGGCUGCAGUGCCACACAUUUGGAAGAUGCAAACACUGGAAAAUCUGUUAAUCCUUUAUUGCCCUCUGGGCAUACAGUGGAAGAACCAACUCAUGGAAUUCUAUCCAAACAAGAAAGCGAACACAGUGUCAACACAGUCCCCUGCAGAGACUGCCUGGCAGAAUCAUCUGGUAGCUCUUGGACCUUGGGUAGUUCAACUCCAUUGCCUUCCAGAGAGUCAAACAAGGGUCAAACUGCAAAGUGUGAUUGUCACACAAGUCAUCCAAGUAACUUUUGCAGAUAUAGUCAGAGGUCUGACAAUAUCGACGGGCAUAGUUCUAACAACACAGACUCUGGCCACCCAAACCCAGGCAAUGAAAACAGUCUCAAAUCAGGAAAUUCAACGCCAUCUGGAUGUUCUCGUGGAGGUAAUAUAACGUACAAUACAAGCGGUCAGUCUGUGCUGAGUGUUGGUGGUUCAGUUGUCUUCAACGUAAUUGUCAAAGUAAAUCAUGCGGCAGAAGAGGACAGCAGAGGAGAAAUGAAUGACACAGCUGAUGUUCCCCAGAGACAAGAAAUCUACAAGGAUAAUGGCAUAUUCCCCACAAGAGAGGAAAAGCCAGGCAGCAGUUGUGAGUUUGAGGCAAAUGCAGGCUUCCCUGUGCAGGAAGAAAACUUUGAAGAAAGCAUGUGUGUCCCUAUCCAAGAGGAACAGAACGGCAAUCCUGGCCAAGAGGUGCACAUUCCAGUCCAAGAACAAAACAGCAGGGAAAAUGUGGAAGGAAGUAUGGACUUGGCCAGUAGAACAGUCAGACAGGAAAAUUGGGCAUAUCCCAAAGAAAGUGCAUACAUUCCUGUGCAGUAAGAUGGAAAAUCUGAACAUUUAGCCUACAAGGAAUAGAACUGGUGAUGCAAACACAAAGGGUCAAUUUGGUUUUUUGCAGUUCUGGACUCUGUGUCCUUUGCAAUUUGCAUUAGAACUAUCUGAAGAUUGUACACUAACAUUCUGAGAGAGGUGCUCCUUAUCUAUUCUUUCUAAAGACAGGCCAUUGAAUUAUUAUGCUUUUAUAUGUUCACCAAGAUGUUUUGUUUUUUCUCUUUACAGUCUGUUGAAAUUAUUUGUUAGUCUCAGAGAAUUCUAAAAAUAAUUUAUGGGAUGUGGGCACUCUGGCUAGAUCAGCAUUUAUUGCCCAUCCUUGAGAAGCUGGUGAUCAUAGUCCAUAGGGUGCAGGGGCACUCUACAAUGCCUUUAAGGAGGGAGUUCCAGGAUUUUGACCCAGCAACAGUGAAGGAACAGCAAUGUAGUUCCAAGUCAAGAUAGAGUGCUGUAUUUGUGGCAAUGUCAGAUGCAGAGAGAUUUGUUUACAAUACUGUAGAAUAGUAGAAUAUUAAAAGGUGGAAACCUGCACUUCAAUAAAUCAUGUAUUUCUGACAUGUCUUUAACAUGGUAAAAUGUCCCAAACUGCUUUGUAGGAUCAUUAUUAAACAAAAGGUCAUAUUGAGACAGAUGGGCAUCUUUGAGAGAAAACUGGGGCUGAGAGGCUCCUCGGUUUAGGCGGGGAAUGCGAGGUGGGGUUUGGUGUGACUCUAUAGCCAGUGAGGUGAUGGGAGCCUAGGCGGUGUCAGAGCUAGAUUCUUCACACAGAGAGUGGUGGGCAUGUGGAAUGCGCUGCCAGCAGUAGCAGUAGAGCCAGAUACUUUCAGAGACUUUUACACAACUCUUGGAUAGGCACAUGGAGGAUAGUAAAAUGUAGGGUAUGCAGGGUAGAUGAUCUUAGUAGGAUAAUAGAACAGUACAGAUGUGCCGAUCUAUGUUCCAUGAAACUGAAGGCAUGGCUGGCAAAGGUGAAGCAAUUAUAUUUAGGGAUGAUCAAUUUUUAUUGAUAGUUCUCUCUACACCAAAUUUUCACAGCCACAAUAAGAAAGCAACUCAAAUUAAAACACUAACGCAUGCAUUUUCAAACAAUAAGUCAAUCACCAAACAUUUACAUAGGUGGAAAGGAAAUUCUGUCAUUUUGCAUAGUGGCAGGGGGCUUUAAUAGUUUGGGAAUCGUUCACCACUAUUGGAGUGAAGAGAAGUGAAUGUACAGGACGGAUGAGGUGAUUAUUAUAAAAAUUGUGGUUCCACCUAUUGGUAAAAGUUAUACAGGCCAUGCCUUUAUUAACAUAUUCCAAGAGAAAUAAACUAAUGAAAUAAAAUGCCAGUUAUGGAGAACAUUUGAGAUGGGCAAUAAAGUUGCACAUAACUCAAGAUUUGAUUGUGUACUACUAUAACAUAAUUGGAACAAAGGAAUAAAUGUUCAUUCUCCAGGGAUUUGCAUCUUUUUAUUUUAUAUUGAUGUAAAUUUUGUUCAAUCAGCUUUGAGUGUAACAUACAAAAAUACCAUGCUUAAACAGAUAUGUUACAAAGUAUAACCUUGGGUCUUGACUUCCCAAUGUUCAUUUUAUUGAAUUUGGCAAUUGACGAGAAAGACCACGUGUGGAAAAAGUACUUGUCUGACACUCGGUUUCAUUUAAAGCUGGUAACUUACAGGAAGCCAAAGCAAUGGCAGUCUUCUAUAUCAGUGAAUAAAAACCAAAAGAGCUGUGGAUGCCGUAAAUCAGGAGGCUAAAAACAGAUGAU